UUUCCGGGCAAUAUCAACUGCUCUUUCAGAUUUGCCUCGGAAACUCUUUUUUCAACAUGUCUUUGUCCAAGAGAGCAGCCAAAGAUGCGCAGUGGCUUCAGUACAAGCCUAUGAUUCAACAAAUGAUCGUCGACGACAAAGCUCAAGAGGAGAUAAGGCAAAGCCUCGAGGACAACGGUUUCCGCGUAACUAAACAUCAACUUGAAUACAAGCUGAGAAUUUGGGACAUUCGAAAACGGCUCCCCAAGACAAGAAGCGAGGCUGUCUGGCAGUAUACCGAUGCGCGGUUGCUUAAGAGGGAGGCAGAAGGGAAGUCCAGCGAGGUCAUCAUUGAUGGCAAGAUCGUCAGCUCCGACAAGGUCAGGAAGGAGAGAAAUCGUCGCCAGAGAAGCACCCUGGCAAGAUACACACAACCAAUUCAGACGCCCCAGACACCUGAGGAGAUGAGGAUCUCAAUCUGCACCCCGCCACCCAUGCCCAUGCAAUUCGCAUGGCCAGAGAGCCUUCCUUGGCUGCAGUUUGAGGCAAAGCUAUUGGAAAUGCUAUAUUUUCCUGCCGCACGGGGGAGCAAGAGAAACGCGAUCCAACAGUCAGCCAAGCCUCUCGAGCCGGGUUUCCUUCGCAGCCUCGGAUUAUCGAACGCAAACCCCGUCAAGAAUGUUGCUUUACUCGCUGCUGAGCUUGGCUCCUUCAUGCCCGAAACACAAGAGGGCGACAAUAUCAACCGAGCGCAACUGAUCUUGCAAGGAUCAAGCAACGAAGCAUCUCAUGAAUAUGUCAAAACCAUGCUUUACCGCCUCUCCAAUAAUUUCGACGAUCGGGAAAUGGAUCGUCACGAAGACAUACAUGCCUGGAACCAGUCCCUCGAGCUGCUACAAACUUCCGGAAUUACAAGCAUCCCACUUCAGCUUAGCGAGACGACAGACGUGACAGUCGCUGCAGUCGUCGAGAAACUAUUCCGGAGUUGCCUGCGAGUUUUGAUAUGGCACGAAGCUUGGGACACCACUCUAUGUCAUCAAACACAGAGGCUCACUGCCUGGCUUCUGGCCUCCGGACACAAACCCAACAGCAAGCUUAUGAUAGCUGGGGAGCUCAUGAUUCCUAUUCAAGCGGCCGUGAAGUACCAGGCAUACGAGCUGGCACAGCAGUUGCUUGAAUCAGGUACCGAAGGAUUAUCGUCACCAGAAGUGUCCAAACAUGUCUUGUUUGAUGUGCUUGGAGGUCUCCGUGACUGUCUUUAUGAACUGGAUUCCGAAGACGUUGCUGAGGCUAUGAAAAUGAAGGCUCUUGGGUUGGUCAAGCGUCUGAUAGACAUGGGGACUUCACCAAAUGAGAUACUUGGAGACGACAACCCAUCCGCGUUGAUGAUCGCCAUCGACUGCCACAGCAUCUACCUGGUCGAGAUUUUGGUCCAAAAAGGAGCAGACCUUUUACACCGAUCUCGUUGCGACAGAUACAGACUUUCUUGGUUUAAUGAGACACAAGGCGUGCUUGGAUACGCCGCCGAAAUUUCGCCCCAACGAGAAGCCCUGAAUAUGGUUCGGUAUCUGAUCGAACAAGUGCAGUUGCUGUAUCCGUCAAAGCCUCUGCUCGACUUCAUUACAACGGAUGCCAUAUUUGCUGCAGCCAUCAACGGCCACAAUGAGAUCCUCAUCCUGCUUCACGAACAUGGAUCGAACAUUUCUGCAGCUGAACACCGAGGAUUUUCUGCCCUUCACUGCGCCGCAUACAUGGGGCACCUCGACACAUGCAAACUGCUUCUGGAGCACGGCGCGUUGGUGGACGGACCGCAUUAUUCCAGACAGCCGCCCUCUCCUCUCGUUCUCGCGUCCCUGAAGCGACAUUUUGAAGUCGUCGAGCUCCUGCAGAAGCACGGCGCUGACCCCAGCCUUGGUGUUUUCAUCAAGAAAAAGAACGACUGGGACAAUUAUUUCCUGCGUAGCUACGAUGGUCCGUCUCUUCGAAAUCUAGAAGACGGAUUCAGCCCGUUUAUACUUGACUCGGAAGUCGCAGCAGUAUUCGGAAAAGAAGAUUGCAGGGGUCUGUACCAGUAUCUGGUGCGCAUUGGAGUCACACUGCCUGAACAGCUUCUAUACAAUGCCAUCUAUCAGGGUGAUGUUGCACUCGUCAACCUUGCAUUGGCGUCCCCGAGCGCCAAUCCUAAUUGGCGAGGACCUGAUGGGCGGACAUGUCUCCAAGCCGCUCUGGAUGCAAGAUAUCGUGCAAGCUGCGAAAACUGGAACCUGAAAGGCGAGUCUGCAGAGAUCGCAACUGCAUUGCUCAAAGCUGGCGCGGUCUUGUUUGGAGGCGAGCUUCAACAAGCCGUCCUUUUGGAAAGUCGGAGCCUGGUCGAAGAGAUCAUCCAGCGUGACCCCGGAGGUUUUGCCGAGCAGCAAUGUUUCAUGUCCGUACUUGAGACUGCAUUUCUUAUGUAUUCUUCCGUCAUGGUGGAAUGGGCACUUGCUCGAGAUCCACAUGCCUACACUCCUGAGGUUCUCUGUGCCGCUGUGCGGUUUACGGUCAAACACGGGAACUUGGAUAUCUUGAGACGGCUUCUCGGCAACCGUCAACAUUCGAAGAAGCCACACCUUUUGGAAAGGUUGGCCAUAGCAAUUGCAGCGUACAACAAUGAGCCGGACAUUCUGAAUACACUCUGCAAGAUACUACAAGUAACAACGUCGGCCUCAAUGCCUACAGAUGGAGGUUCAAGUCAGCUCGGCAUACGCUCUAGGGAGUAUGAAUUGAGGCAUACACUGAGAGAUGGCAGACAUUUCUUUUGUGGCGGAAACUAUACCUUGGCCGAUGUCUCGCCGCUAUCCAUGGCUCUGGAAUCACCACAAUGUUUAGAGAACCUCUUGGACCGCGGAUGUUGCCCUGAUCAAUACACGAUGGUCAGGGCUGUGGAGUGUGAUGAUCUGCAGGUUCUCAAGAGACUCGCGGCGAUGCCCCGAGUCGAGCUUAGUCAAGCGUUUAUUGAAGAGGUGCCCCUGGUUUGUGCGGUGAAAAAAGGAAAGCUAAGCAUGGCAGCAGUCCUUUUAGAUGCCGGCGAAGAUGUCAACGUGGCCUCCCGCGGGCACCGCGGGCGCAGUCCUUUACAAGCGGCCGUCGAGAUCGGAGGUCUCGAAAUGAUCAACCUGUGUCUUGAAGCGGGUGCUAAUGCCAACGGCCCGGCUUCACAUAAGAGAGGAGCUACAGCACUACAGCUUGCCGCGAUCCAAGGGUUUCUUGGAAUUGCGAAGACCCUGAUUGACAGAGGUGCAGACGUCAACGCAUCUCGUGCCAAAGUGCGCGGGAGGACAGCCUUGGAAGGCGCAGCAGAGCACGGGAGAAUUGACAUGAUCCAUUUUCUCUUGGAUCAAGGGGCACGGACGGAUGGAGAUGGUCAAGUGCAAUACUUACGAGCAAUCAAACUUGCAGAGGAGGAAGGACAUCUAGUGGCGGCGAAGAUGCUGAGAGGGUACCGCGAUUGGACUGCAGAUGAUCAUAGGCUUUGGGACAGAUUGCAAAGCUUGCAAGAAGAGUUGGAAGAUUCUAUGGGAAUCGAUGAAGAAUGGUGGGAUCACGCGCAAGAGGACGACUUUGCCGACAAAGUAUAUUCCGAAGACACGAAAACGAAGUCAGGUUGA